CCUCUCUGGAGCUACUCAUUACUCAGCUCAUAGCUUCCCUAUCUGGCCACAGCCUCUCAGUGGUAGCAAGCCACCAGUGUUGUGUGUAGCCGUGUCGUGUCACCCUACCGCUGUGUGGUGUUGAUGUUUUGUCCUGGCGCGUUACCAUCACCAUCACCGCCGCCGCCGCCGCCGCCGCAGUGUUGACAUUUUGCAAUGGUGGCCGGUGGAGGUGGUGCGAGUCCCGCCAGUCUGCCACUUCAUGUCCCUCCCCCGAGCGGCGAGAUGACCCGCGUCUAGCCUGUGCCGGGCGGGCGGGGUCCCAUGAUGCCAGCAGCUCUGUGAGAGAGCUCAGCGGGCGCCAUGAGCUCCUUCUCAGGCAAAAUUAAGGAGUUUCCACAGAUCUCUGUGGAUCGUUUUGACGGCAGAAACCUUGCCAGCACCGCCUAUUUCCUUAGCCAUGCACACUCCGUGUGACCUGCCUUGCCCCGCAGACCACAUGAUUGGCCUCAGCUCCCCACACUUCCUGGAUCACCUUGAGAGCAACAGUGGCGUGUACCUCUACUGCUCUUCCAUCACCGCCCGUUUCCUUCAAGCCUCAAUCCGCCACCGCCCGCUGGACCCGUUUGUGCGACCUUUGCCGCAUGAGGAGCCGGUCAACAUCACUGUGCCAAACGUGGCCGAGGAGGCGAGCCACCAGCUAUGUGUGACUCUCAUUCCUGCUGGCCACUGCCCUGGCUCUGUCAUGUUCCUGUUUGAAGGUCGGGGAGGAACAGUGUUGUAUACAGGGGAUUUCCGCACCAGUGUGGGUGAUGUGGAGCGUAUCUCGGCACUCCACAACAGGGACGGCACGGUGAAGACGGUUGACUCACUCCACAUCGACACCACCUUCUGCCACCGUGACAUCCUCCACUUCCCCACACGUGAGGAGAGCGCCUCCGCCAUUGGGGACUUGGUGGAAGAGUGGCUGGCACGCGGCAACAACCACCUCAUCCACCUUGUCUGUCCAGCCAAGUAUGGGUACGAAUAUGUGUACCGCAGCCUGCAUGAGCGGUUCGGCAUGCGUGUCCAUGUGUCGCGCUGGAAGUACCGGAUGUAUGACACGGUGCCAGAGAUUCAGGACGCCCUCACGCCGGACGCCACGGAGACCUGGGUGCACGCCUGUGACUGGACGAUCAGCGAGGCGGAGGAGGGGGACGGGGAACAGGCGGUGCGUCAGCUGCCAUGUCGUUGUGUGCCCUUUGGGGUGGACACGGCACCCAGCAUACGAGUCAUCAGACCUUCGGCAAUGUUCUACACAGUCUACCAGUCAGUCAAGGAGGUGAAGCAGGUGGUGAGGGAUGGAACGUUCUGUCGUGUUCUGCUGUCCAUGCACGCCUCCUGCUCUGAGGUGCUGGACUUGGUGUCGUACCUGCGGCCCAGGAAGGUGUACCCCAAUGUCAUCCCCACCAACUCCACCAGGGAGGAGGUGCUGAAGCUGCUGCAUGAAGCGCUGAACCGGUCUGGCGACCACUACAGCAUAGAGUAUGGCGGUGGGCAGCAGCGGCGUUCCAUGGGGUCCUUCAAGCGGCAGCUGCGCAGCAAUGAGAGCAGUGGCAGCAGCAACCUGGAGGCAGCCAUGUACGAUGGCUUUCUCAGCUCCCCCUCCAAGCGGCGGCGGCACAGUGACAGCAACAUGACAUUGGUGCUGCCCACGCCACGCGUCAACAUGAAGGGCUCCCUCAGCCUGGAGAGUGAGGCACGCUGCGACCCCUCCACCACCACCCAGGCCACUGCUGCUGCUGCUGAGCCUUCCCCUGGCCCUUCCCUGGAGUGGGUGGAUCCCUACCCCCCAUCCCCUGCCUCCUCCUCCUCCUCCCCUUGUAAAUACCCCGAUGUGCCCAGCCAGGAGGACGCCAAGGCAGGGCCGCGGUCCCGAGUCAGCCUGGCAACCCGAAUAGAGAGUGAGGGCGGGAGUGGCAGUAGACAGGUGAUAGUGAAGGUGCGUGGGGCAGGGGGGGCGGGGCAGGGCGGCCCUGGGUCAGGGGCAUCCCACAUGUCGGUGGAUGGGGACGGGGAGGAGGAUGGGGACGCCCACUCAGUGAUCAGCUUCGUGAAGACCAGCCAGGACAGCCUGGAGCUGGCCUCUGUGUUCUCUGAGGAUGCCCGGGAGAGCCCCGGCCCCAGCCCCCCUGCCCCAGUGGGGCUGGAGCGGCCGGCAUCCUCAGCAGGGGUGGCAGGGGAGAGUGACAUCAAGCGUGACCGUAAGCUGUGGUACCAGCACAAGCACUUUUCCACACCGGUGCACGAUGACCAAGACAAGCGCCUCAAGAUGGAGCCCAAGACGCCCCUGGGACCACGCUCUUCCUCCCUGCCGCUGCCUGAGCCACGCCCCACCUCCCCGGACUUGUCCCCCGGCCCUGCCCUGCCCCUCAUCACCGUCUCCUCCCCAUCCGACCCGGCCAGUGAGUCACAGGUGUCGGACGAGACAAGUGUCACAGCCGUGCUGAGCGGCGCCUCUGACCUGGACGCUAUGCUGGUGGAUGAGGCACCCCCAGAGCGGCCUUCUGUCAUCUGUGGCCCAGCGGUGGCAGCGCCGCGUGGUGAGGCGCGGCCUGCCACAGACAGUGAGUGUGGUCCAGAGCUGGAGGACCUGCUGCUGCGCUCACGCCGUGCUGAGGAACGCUCUUCCUGCCUCAAGACCACACGGCGGCGUGACAACGAGCUGGAGGUGGUCACGCUGGACCAGCAGAGCCUCUGAGUGUUGGUGGUGCCCCGCCCUGCCCUGCCCUGUCCCGCUGUGCCCUGCCGUGCCCCAGUUCACCCUGCCCUGCAUCACACCAUCCUCCUCUCCAGUGCUUGCCUCUCACAUUCCAGUCUCCAUUCCUUUGUGUGUCAAGGCGUGGCACUCUGCUGCUUCUCCCUCGUUUGUGUCUCACACUUCCCACAACCUUGAGCCUGCCAGCGUGUGACGUGCCAGGCCCAUCACACUGCUGUGCACACACUUGGCACUGACUCACUGAACCUUUGGCUGAGUGUUGUUCAUGUGGCAGCUGGGAGUGUGCUCUGUGGGUCACUUUGGUACCACUGCAUCAGAUUGCCAGUAGGAGGUGACCUGUGUUGCCCUGUAGAGCUUGGCUGGCUAGAGGAGAGAGAGAGAGAGGGAAAGAGAGAAAGAGGUGGAAGGGUGAACGCGCAAGUUAAUGUUACUACCUACGUACAUUUUACGGCUGCAAGUGUUUGUAAUAUUUUGUAGGCAGCAAGUUACUGAGGGAGGGAGGGAGGGAGGGUGGGAGGGAAGGAGGGAGUUACAAUCUAAUGCACAAAAUGAAUAUAUUGAGCAGAUAGCAAAAAAGUAAUGAAGUCAGAUUUUUCUUGAUAUCAUUCCCUUUGUGUGUGUGUGUGUGUGUUUGUGUUUGUGUGUAUGUGUAUCAGGAGAGAAUGUGGCAUGAUAAAGAGUCAUGCCAGUGUUGUUGUUGCUGUUACCUUUAGGAACUACAAAAUUAUGGCAUUAACAUUUCCUGAGUGUACUUGAUUGUGUUGAGUCAAAUUCCAGAUGAUGAUGAUGAUGAUAAUGAUGAUGAUGAUGGUGAUGAUUUAUUCUGCAAUGCUACCCACUGCCACACUCUUAGCUCAGGGUUACACACACACACACACACACACACACACACACACACACACACACACACACACACACACACACACACACACACACACACACACACACACACACACACACACAUUGCUUCAUCUCUCACCUGGAUUUUCUUUAUUCUUUUUUCUGUCCAAUGGCUACAAAAAAAAAGGCAGAAAAAAAGGCCCUUCAAGUUUGUGCAAGUGAGAAUUCUGGAAUACAAUACACGCACAGUAAAAAGAUAUAUUUCAUUUAAUAGUAUUAUUUUUAUUUGAGGUGCAGUUUGUCUCCCUAUUAAUAUUUUAACUAGAUUGAUUGGCAUUUUGUUGUGUUCUGUGUUGUGUUGUCAUUUGUUGUGUUCUGUGUUCUGUUGUGUGUUGGCAAGUUAAUGCAGCACACCGCAAAAACGAGAGAUUUCAUUCCAUUGACUAAUUUUUUAUUGGAGAGACACUUGCACUGACUAGUUCCUGCCCCUCUUGGUAGCUGGAGUCACUCUUUCUUCCCCUAACUCCAGAAUUCUCUCUCUCUCUCUCUCUCUCUCUCUCUCUCUCUCUCUCUCUCUCUCUCUCUCUCUCUCUCUCUCUCUCUCUCUCUCUCUCUCUCUCUCUCUCUCUCUCUCUCUCUCUCUCUCUCUCUCUCUCUCUCUCUCUCUCUCUCAUCCUGCGAUUGGUGGGGGGAGGAACUAAUAGGUGAGUGUACAAUUAGUCUAUAAAUAUUUUAGCUGAGUUGGUUAGUGUAGCUUGCGUUGUGUUCUGUGUACUGUUGCGUUCCAUCAAGUUUAUGCAAUACACAGGAAGAAGAAAUAUUUUAUUCCAUUUGAGGUAGAGAUUUUGUCUAUGAAUAUUUUAGCUGAGUUGGUUGGUGUACCUUGUGUUCAGCAUUCUCUUGUGUAUUGGCAAGAUUAUGCAAUACGCACAGCAAAAUGUUAUAUUUCAUUCCAUUGGAAGAGCAGAUCGUCUCUAUAAAUAUUUUAGCUAAGUUAAAUACCAUACCUUGUGUUCAGCGUUCGGUUGCAGUACCUGGUCACCGCAUAACAUUCCUCUCUGUUGUAGUCACAUAAAUGUACAAACAGAUUACAAUUGGCGUAUAAUAAUUCCAGAUGAACCCUGUCGGCCUCCAUCUAGCAACCACCAAUCAAUCAAAUGCAUUAUUUUUACACAGUUGAGUGAGUUGAGUGUCUAGAGGAGAGAGUGGAGGCAGGGUUGAUCUGUUGUUAGCCAGUGAAAUGACAUGCACUCAAGAUUGGCAGCAUUAACUACAGCUGAAGGAAUGAAGUGUGGAGUAGUUAAUGGGUAGUCAGUGGGGAUAAAUGCAGCACAUCCAAGUGGUCUGGCUGUAUGGAGAGGCUAGGAGGGAAAGAAACGGUUGAGACAGUAUGGUAGAUGUGAACAGGACAGUGAUGGAAGUAUGUGAUAGGAAGGAACGAGAGGAGAAUAGGAUUAGAUUAUGCAAGGACAGGAACCAGUGGAAAUUUUGAGGAGUAGGCAUCAGAGAGACUGUGUUUGAGUGUGAUAGAUGUAAACAGGAAAGAAUUAUGGAAGUAUGUGAGAAGUGAUGAGAGGAGGACAAGAUUAGGUUGUACAAGGAUAGGAACCAGGGGAGCCUCUUAUGACCAUUGAAGAAAGUUAUGAGCAGACAUCAGAGAGACUGCGUGAGUAUGAUAGAUGUGGACAGGAUAGAGUAUUGAAAGUAUGUGAGAAGGGACAAGAGGACACGAUUAGGUUAUGCAAGGGUAGGAAUCAGGGGAGCCUCUUCUAUUAUUGUAGGGAAGUUAGGAGUAGUAUUAGAUGUAGACAGAUAGAGAGAUGCAUGAGAAGCAAAAGCAUCAGCUUGCUUUCUAAAGUUUUGCUACUUCAAUGGGAGCUUUGUGUGCGAGUCUGUGGUGCGUGAAUUGAAUGGGGAAUAGGGUUGUGUGUGUAUGUAAAGUGAAGUGUAGCCUUUUAUACAUGUGGUGUGGUGUUGUGUGGUGUGUGGUGCUGAGGGGAGUGUGUGGGUGGGUGAGUGGCCAGCUAAAUUGUCAUGUCUCGUGUAAUUUCCCAAAGUUAAAAAAAAAAAACGCUAAAAAAAAAAAAAAAUACAGCCUUGUCAUUUCCUUGCAAUAAAUUUCUCAUGAUAACACCUUAGCAUUGUAGCACUGUACUACUAUUAACUGUUGAUCUCAUUUAUAUUACCAUAGACAAUUGUUCUAUAUGGUGUUACAGUUUCCUAAGACAGAAUUUUAUAUCACUUGAACUGUAUACCCCAAAACUGUACCUGACACACAGAAUGAGGUGCACGUCCGGCCACACGGGAGAGAAAUAGUCUCCGUGCUGUGCUAGAGAUGAGACGUCUCCUCUGCCUGAGAUUUAACAUUAACAGUGGUGGCAGCUCUUGAGAAUGUGCCGGGUGCUGAGUGCCGGUGAGGGAAGCAAGGGAGGAAAGAAAUGUAUGUGAUUAUAGCUGUAUGAAAAAUGUGUACUUGGGAAGGUUGCCUUGCUAGUGAUGAAAAUUUGUCCCAGAGAGAGAGAGAGAGAUACAGAUGGAAUGAAAGAAGACUUGUGCAUUAAUGAAAUUGAAGGGAAAGUUAACUGUGGCAUUCUUUAUUGGAAUUGUAAAGGCCUGAGGAAUGCUGAUAAGAUUAAAGGAGAAAGAGAAAAUGAUAUAUUGGAAUUGUAAAGCUGGAAGAAUGCUGGCAAGAUUAAAAGGAGAGACAGAGAAAGAAAAUAUUUUACAUAUGUGUCCUAUAUUGAAACUAUAAAACCUUGAGAAUGCUGACAAGAUGAAAGGAGAGAGACAGAAAAAGAAGGUAUUUUACAGACGUGUUGAAACUUAAACCUGAAGAAUGCUGACUAAAUAAGAGGAGUGAGAGAAAGAGGGUAUUACAGACCCUAAAUAAGAGGAGUGAGAGAAAGAGGGUAUUACAGACCCUAAGACCUCUUAUAGAUACAGCACAAGAGUGUUCUGGCCUCUUGUGUGGAAAUGACAAGAACACAAGGGGUGGUGUAAGAAACCACAGUGGGAUGGAGAGAGAUGAAAACCGACUAAAAGGACAGAAAGAAUCAUUACAGACUUGUGGAAUUGCAGAAAGAAGGAAGUUAAGACCGAAUGGAAGAGCAGAAUGUUUAUGUUUUUUCACACUAUCUGUAAGUAUAGGAAGCUUGAAAGUCUGUAUGUAUGUAUGCAUAAGUAUAAAUGAGUUAGAAGACAUCUCACUGCAGCACCAGAACUGACAAGAUUAGGUGUAUUGCUAAGCUCCAAACCUGAACUUUUAAGCUCCUCCAGUGACCAAAACAAGUUCAAUAAUUAUCCCUUGGAGUCACAAGCCCAGUGGAAAUAGAAUGGGACAAAACCUUAAAAAAAUAUAAAUACAUGUUCUUGUGCUGUUAAAAAAGGAUGCCACUAGUAUUUGAAAGAAGGAUGAGGGAAUUCUAAACAAGUCCAUUGCGUUUAGAAAUGUGUGUAUUAACUUUUGAGUGUAGCAAAAGGUUUUAGUGGAGAAAAGCUGGUAAACUUAGCACUGUUAUCUACAAGGAGAAAGAAUAGGGAAGAUGUAAGGAAGAAGGGCAUGGAAAGGAAGCUGUUGUAUGUAAGAGAAUGCAAGGAGAGGAUGUAAAGACAGGAAUAAAAUAGAUACUCUUUCAUCAAAUAUAGAAGGGUUAAUGGAAUAAGAAUAAGAAAAGAUGUAAGGAAGAAAGGCAUGAAAAGGUUACAUUAUAUAAGAAAAGGAUAAGAUAACUAGAGAAUGUAAGGACAGGAAUAAAAGGGGAACUUCUAUCAAAUAUCAGAUACAAAUAGAUUGAUGAAACAUGAGGAAAGAAUUUAAAGACAGGAAUAAAAUGGGUUAAGUUUUUGAGAAAGAAAGGAGUGGGUUAGGUUGAGGAGAAAGGAAGGGGUGGGUAAGGUUUAGAAGAAAGAAAGGAAUGGGUUAAGUUUGGCAGAAAAAUGACUGCUAGAGAUAAGGAAGGGAUGGAUGAUGUGGAUGGGAUCAAGGGCGCAAAAAGGUUGAAUGUAGCAAAAGAAUAAGGUACGUUUAGGAGAAAGGAUUGAUUACUGUAGAUAAGGAAGAUAAGUUGAUGUGAUUGGAAUGACAGCAGGUCCUUAGAGAAAGCUUGGAUUGUGUGGCGUCAGAUGAAUAAGGAGUUUGUGUGUGGUGCGAGAUAGAUAAGAAAUUUAGUCUUAUAUUGUGCAGUGUUAAUCUGUCGAGUUAUGAUUCACGAGGGUAUAAUUAUCAGAUUUUAUAUACAGUAUUUCAACACUUUAGGGAUCAAAUUGAAGCUGCAGGGAUAAUAUUCUUGCUUGAUGCAGACUAGUUUUUUGACUUGUUUUCCAUCCUUCGGUAAUCCUCUGCAGGCUUGGUAGCAGUGGUGAUGCUCUCCUCUGUACCCUCUCUACUAUGCCCAGGCUUCUCGCUCUUUGUACGAAAUCUUAUUACCAGACUAGAAUCCUCUCCUUCUCAUGAAGACAUCUAGUGUAUCUUGGUUCCUCGUAUGCCUACCAUUUGUGAGGAAAAGAAAGACUCGUUUUGUUGUCAUAAUGAUAUUGUGGCGUGGAACGUUGUUGACCAUUUUGCUUAGCUAGAAGACAGUGUUUACCAUAUACUGUGGGCUGUGUCUGGACCUAUGUACACUUGAAGGACUUGGGUCUUGCAGUGUUUGAGAAAGUGCCAUUCUUCCCUCAACUUUCAUCAUCAUCAUAGAAGAAGCAUGUUGUAGCUGCUUCUCAUUUUGCAAGACAUGCUUUCAAGUGCAAAUGUGUGUGUGUGUGAGAGAGAGAGAGAGAGAGAGAGAGGCUUUGUGAGUGGUUGUAGAGGAUUCAGGUUCCACUUGGUGUAUGGUGUGGCACUGAGGUGUACUUGUAUUUGCUGUGUGUGUCUUGUGGCUGUCAGUGCCUCAGAGUGUAUUGUCCUCUUACCAUUAUGAUGCAUUUUUUGCUGACAGUGACUCUGUGACGAGCACUUGGCCAGGGUGGUGUCACAGCCUGGCCAGCCCCACAGUGGCUGGGCCCGCGUGACCGCCAGGCACUCGUGUUGCUAGUCGGAAUGUUCUUUCAACAAAUACCCACAUAGUGUAUCUGUAUCAAUAUAUAGGUACUGUAUCAAAUAUUGAUUGGUAACAAACUCAACAAAUUAUCAUUAGUGAUAAAUGACUAUUAAAUUAUAAGGGAAGGGAGGAUUUAAUGUCUUCAGUACAGUAUUAAGAGUUGUAUUGCUUCUUGUUUAUAAUGUAGAUAAUAUUACUCUGUACAGUGGUAUAUCAGCUGUAAAGUAAACUAUUGCUAAAUUCAA